AUGCUUUUACCGAUUCUUGUAGAAUUGUUCAGAGAUAACAACUCGUUUGCACACACCUCGCAGACAUGUUUCAGUUUUAACGAGGUUAAGCGGUACUUUAAUAACGAGCGACUUAAUUUGGAGAAGGUUACAUUUUACAACAACAUGUACGAUAUAGCCUAUUACCGGAUAAAAGAGGAAGAUGGCAAAGAUAAAAAUGAGAAGAGUGAAUCAGAAAAUAAUUCGAAUGUGCACCAUGAAAGUACACGCGAUUCUGCACAGAAAUCACCUAAGGAGAGACUUAUCGCAAACAUACAAAUUAUACACAACUUUUACUACAAAAAAUAUACAAAAUAUGAUGUAUUAGAGCUGUACACCAUUUAUGUGUCUCCUGAUUAUCGUAAUAGAGGAUUUGCCAAGUCAUUGAUUUUUGAGAGCACUAGCAGGUUAAUUAAGCGUUACAACCUUACAAAACCAAUUUUUGCGCUUCAUUUAAAUCCUAAUGAUCCCAUGAUGCACAUUUCUUUUUCAUUUUAUGUCAAUUUGGGCUUUCUUGAUGUGGCAUACGUUAAAGAAGGACCUGAUGAGUUGCAAUUUAAUAUGGAAAAUAUUGACACAAAAUGGGAUCAGAUCCAAAAUAAGCCGGUCACGGGUCACUAUCUGGCCAUGUUUUGUUUCAAUGAGCUAGGGAACGGGAUAAAGGGUGAUUUCAGAGAGCUAGGGGAAAAGAUUCGAGGUAUGCUGUUAGAGUUCAUAAAAAAUAAUGAACCUAUAAAAGAAAAUGACAAUAUUAAAUGAAGCUCGUUUGAUU